UCCCCUACUCUCUUCGUACGCCACCCGCAUAUCUCUCUACCUCUCUCUGUUUCUCCAUCAUUCCGUACACCAUCUUUCUUUCUCUGUCAGUGGCUUCUAAGUAAGCCACCAAAAAAAGAUUGUUACAGAGUACCGGAAUGUGAUUUUCUCCCUACUCGCACAAAACAGAGACAUAAUCGUGUAUGUGACGACGAACCCACAUCAUCUCCUUCCGAAUUGAUACUAUGUUUUUCAUUUUUUCUUGCGAUUUUUUGGCAAAGGGAAAAGAUUUCCCUUCUGAUUUUGAUUUCAAUGAGCGAAAAUGGAAGACCAACCUGAGAAAGUAGACAUGGGAAGAAGCCCACUACUCUUCUUUUCAAAUUUUUUGAAAGGGAUCACGUGGGUUUCUUGUUUUGGUAUCGAAUUUACUCCUCCCUGCAGACUAACCAAAGUGAGGACAGACCCGAAUAGGAUUCAACCUGCUUUCCUUUCCUUUGAAAUUAUAUUGGAUUAUGCUAGGAGCUGAUAGCUCUGGGGGGUAACAGAGGUAAAGUUGCUUCACCCUCUAUGGAUUAGCAGCAAGCCAAGCUAAGCUUCUAUAAUCUGAACUAAAGAGAAAAAAAAAAAAAAAAUACAGAGCGAGCAGAUCUAUGUUUAUGUUUGGGGUGGUCUUGAAUUUCGAUUUGCUAGACCAAAGUGAAACACUUGCUCUGUUUUAUUUGUUUUCUGAGUCGAAAAUCUGGAAUCCAAAAGUGAAAGACGCUUGCUCUUUGUUAUUUUCCUCUUGCGAUUAUCUGUCAACACAAACCCAAAAGAGACGGAAAUCUGCUUUCGAUAAACACAAAAGAGCAAAACAAAAAAAGGGGAAUCCAGAACCAGGCCCAGAAAAUCAAAACGAAGAAACAGGGCGAGCAAAGCUAUAGCGUUACAGUGGGUCAUCAGUCUUAAUGGUGGCACACAACAUAUACUGCAACACAAAACCCAAGAACACAUGUGGGAGAGAGAGAGAGAGAGAGAGAGAGAGAGUUAUUGUCGUUAUGAAAAAGGAAAGCCUAUACAUGUAAUCCUUUCUCUAGCUAGGUGAGCUUUUGAUUGUUGGUUCUCUGUUUCUCUCUCUAGACUCUGUUCUUCUCGGUUCUCUUUCUCUUUAAUGGCUGUUGUUCUUAUGCCUAUCACUACCAGUGGCAUCUCGCAAGCUGUAUGGUUCGUUCUCUCCUUUACUGUUGUUGUAAUGUGCCAUGAAUGCUUUUUUAGAAACUCCAAAGCAAAUUUAUCGCCCAAACCUACUUUGCAGGUUUAAAUGCUCUGCUAAUUAUUGCCUUUCAUUUUCAUUUUCUCAUCAUAAUUGCUCCCAAUCUGCCAUCCAUUAUCCAGACCAACAUACCACCCCAAUGAUACCUCCAAAUUUACAAUUCCUAAGCCCGAUUUUCUGGUUUUUUAAUUUGAAUUUGGCUCCGUCUGGGUAACUCAGAUUUUCCCAUUUCUUUUUCCUGAUUUACAUUCUUUCCAUUUUUUCGUAGAAGGAAAAAACCCGUUAUGUUAGUUCAGCUGAAUUUGCGGAUUUCUUUCAAAUUUCUUGAACUUGGGUUAGUUUACCUAAUAGUUUCUUCAUAUGAUUUCUUGAGAAUUCAAGUUGAUAUACUCUGCCCUAAUGCAUUUCCAUUUCCAUAAUUCAGACAUACGCUUUUGCCAAAAUUCAUACACGAAAGGCUACAUUUAUUGUGGUUUCUUCAAAUGUGUUUGUCAUAUUAAUUAACUUGCCACAAACAGCUGUAUACGCUAAUACUGCCAAUUAACUUUGUCUUACUUUUUCCGGUGCUACAGAGAGUAGAUAUCAUCAUCGCCAUCAUUACUACUUCAAAGAGAGAGAAAAUUUUACAGGGUAAUUUUAAGUUGCACAAAAGCACAAGAAAUUGCUUCUUGUUUCCCAGGCCGCGCCGUUCGUGUUUGUCGCUCGUGCGCUUCAAAACCCAGAUCUCGAGGCCUUCAGCAGCUUUCUUUUCCGCCAUUUGUUACAAAUAGUCAGUUGAUUGAUUGAUUGAUUGAUUGAUCAAUCGGUUAGUUUGUUGAUGAUACACUGUUUUUUAGUCCUUUCACCUUUUACCUUUCCUUUCUCCGCCAUUCUCUCCUUCUAGUACACAUGCCAAUCUCUCCAUUGCUACUGGGUUUGGUACAUGGCACUUGAAGGCUAAUAGGGUUUGUUUUGCACGUGCUUAAAGCUCUGAUUUGACCCUUGAAGGCAUAAUAACCGGAGGGUCGGUGAUAGAUUUUGAUUUAGUGUUGUUGCUUUGCAUGAAAACCAAGGUAUUAGUCUUAUUGAAACCUUCAACCUUUGGUCCCUUGUCUUAUAUUUUAUUCUAGUAUUCUAUCAUUUCUAAUUUUCUAAGCAUUGGGAUCCAUUUCCAUUGGUGGCUUAUAACCUUCUAAGAAGGGUUAUAAUUGGUUCCUCGUACUUGACCCUGUUUGUAGAUUAUUAAAUUUAUACACAAUUGAGUUGGAUCAGCAGUUGUGCAUUUCGUUUUUCUAUCCUGUUAGGGAGCAAAACCCGGUCCUUGAACUAGGGAUACUUGGUGGGUAUAUAGGGAGGUGGGUUUGAGUAGAGCUGUUGCUUAUUUCAUUGUACAGAGAAAGGGAUUGGAGAGUGGUUUUGGAUGUGGAAUAUUGGCCUAAGUACAAGACAUGCUGCAUUCACUAGAGGAAGAAGAUGAUUUGUUCUUUGAUUCUGCAGAUUUUUUGUCAAGUGAAGAGACAACUGUAGCAAAUGACUUGCAGUUUAAGGAAUUAGAUUAUGAAAUUUGGUUAAGUGAACCUCGAAGUGUUGACGAAAGGCGAGACGAUUUUUUACAGAGGAUGGGUUUUAUUGAAGUUCCUUCCAGGAAUAGGAUUGAUAAGUCAUCACAGGAAAUGGGAUUAGAGAGUGUAAGAGAAUGCAAUGAGGCUGCUUCUAGUUCUACAGCUUCAUCUGUUGAAAGAGCAGAGGAUAAUUCAGUUUUCAUUGGAAGGGAAAUGAACUUUGAAGCCAAUAGCAUGGUGGAUGAUGAAGAAAACUUCAAUUUUGAAGAUACAAAUUAUAUGCAUCCACUCCCUGCUAAUGAAAUUAAGGAAAGUCAAGCUCAUAUUGAAGAAUUCAAUAAUAUGAAUAAGAAAAUGAAGAGCUGGUGGAAACGGUUUUUAAGUUCAAAAGAAAGAAACGAAGGCAGAUGGGAAGGUUUAAAAAAGCCAAAUUCUAAAGCUAGGAGAAUCAAAGUGCAGCAGAAUAAGAAGAGGUGCAUGGAGUUAACAGGUCUAUACUUGAAACAAGAAAUUCAAGCUCAUGGGGGCUGCAUUAAGACAAUGAAGUUUAGCCCAGAUGGUCAAUACCUGGCAAGUGGAGGAGAAGAUGGUGUUGUACGCAUUUGGCGUGUCAUGUCAACUGCUGCUUCAUUUCAAUUCUUCAAUGAUGGUGAAGAGUUCAGUAACAAUGUCAAAACCGGGAAAUCAGGCUUUGGUGGGAAGAAGUCAACCCAAGUACCAAUCAUCAUUCCUGAAAAAGUUUUCCAUAUUGAUGAAACACCAUUUCAAGAACUUCGAGGCCAUUCCAGCGAUGUUCUUGACCUAGCCUGGUCCAAUUCGAAUCAUCUUCUUUCAUCUUCCAUGGACAAAACUGUUCGUCUGUGGCAAGUGGACUGCGGUCAAUGUCAAAGUGUUUUCCGCCAUAACAAUUAUGUGACAUGCAUUCAGUUUAACCCUGUGGAUGAAAAUUACUUCAUCAGUGGAUCUAUAGAUGGAAAAGCCAGAAUUUGGGGAGUGUCUGAGAGGCGGGUUGUCAGUUGGGCUGAUAUACGCGAUGUAAUAUCCGCUAUCUGUUACCGGCCAGAUGGGAAGGGGUUUGUCGUUGGUUCGAUCACAGGCACUUGCCGCUUCUAUCAAGUUUCUGGCAGCGGUGUUGAGCUGGAGGCACAUAUAAAUAUCCAGGGUAGGAAGAAAACCAGCACCAAUAAAAUUACAGGCAUCCAGUUUUGCCGGGAUGAGCCUCGAAGAGUGAUGAUAAGUUCAGAUGAUUCCAAACUGCGGAUAUUUGAUGGCGUUGAUGUUGUCAAAAAAUUUAAAGGUCUGUCCAAGUCAAAAAGUCAGAUGUCGGCUUCAUUUACUCCCUCUGGGAAACAUAUAAUCUCGGUUGGAGAGGACUGCCGGGUUUAUGUCUGGAACUACAAUGGCAUAAACGACUCAGCAUCGAAACACAAGAAAUCUGUUCGUUCUUUUGAGCAUUUCUUCUAUGAAGGUGUGUCUGUUGCAGUUCCCUGGUCAGCCAUGGGGACAGACAAGAACAGAUUGGGUUGCAGUAGUAAUCUGCUGCCAUAUAAACAGACAGAGGAACAUAGAGGAUCAGAACGAUUCUCGGUUGGUCGUUGGUUCUCCAUGGAUGGCACCAGUAAGGGCUCUGCAACGUGGCCUGAAGAGAAACUUCCUCUGUGGGAUUUGGGAAUGGAGGAAGAUGAUGAUCAUGGUAAUAAUAAUCCAGUUGACUGUUCUACUGUAUCAGAAACUUGGGGACUAGUUGUUGUGACAGCCGGGUGGGAUGGAAGAAUCAGGAUAUUCCACAACUUCGGAUUGCCUGUGAGGAUCUAGAACUUUUUACAGAUACCAUGGUGGCCUGCUAUAAUCAGGAGGGGGGUUUUUUGAUCUGAAAAUCUUGUGGGUCAACUCUAUUGACUUGUUUAUUUGCUCUGUAGGUUCUUGUUUUCUUGUUGGUGCCUUAUUUUUUCUGCUCAUUGUAGAGGCAGCCUAUACAGAAGAUAUUCAGCUGUGUUAACAAUAUUACUCAAAAUUCACAUGAUAAA